GAUGACAGCUCCAAUAAUUUAUAUUUUGAAACAUACCAGUCGUACCAGUCCAUUUCGUUAAUUUAAAUAUUCGUUCCGUAGAAACAACACAAAAGCUGUUGUUGUAGAAUAAUGAAACUCAAUUCAGUGGAAGUAGUUUGCAAAAAGACCGAAAUAUCACCGGAAAAUGUGCAAACUCUUGUCAUUCCCUUCAUCAAUGAACAUUUCAAUGUCAAUUCUCUAUCGGAUUACGAUCAUAAAUACUUGAAAUUAGAGAGUGCUCAUGGUGCAAUCGCCGAUCAUGCUGAGGCGCUAUUGGUUUCUUGCAAAGUGGACGAAUUCCCGAUCAACACCAAUAACACAACGUUCUUUGUUUACAAACUGAAUCGUCCCGAUCCCGAACUGGAAAUGAUUGAGAAUGGGAGUGAUGAAGAGACAGCUGCAGCCAAUCAUUGGAUACUUCCGUCUAGGGAAUUUCACGACAGUUGGAACAACCUGUAUUUCGAGCAAGGGCUCAAAGAGAAUCUCCUUCAGUUCGUUGAAACGUCGAUGUUGUUCUCGAAGAGCGGAAUCAAUCCGAAUGUGAUCUCAUGCAAUCGAUUGAUUUUGUUGCACGGACCGGCCGGAACAGGGAAGACCAGCUUAUGCAAAGCCAUUGCACAGAAGAUCUCAAUUCGCAUGAAAAGUACGUUCAAAUGCACGCAUCUCAUUGAAAUCAAUUCGCACAGCCUCUUCUCGAAAUGGUUCUCGGAGAGUGGAAAGCUUGUGAUGAAAUUGUUCGAAAAAAUCAGAGACGUGGUCGAGAAUCCAACCCAUUUGGUGUGCGUCCUAAUCGACGAAGUCGAAUCGAUUGCCUUCGCAAGAAGUUCAUCGUCCAACGAACCCACCGACUCCAUACGCGUGGUGAAUGCAGUGCUAACUCAACUCGAUCAAAUACGCAAACAUCCCAACGUUUUAGUGCUCACCACCAGCAAUUUAACAUCAUCAAUCGAUUCAGCAUUCCUCGAUCGAGCCGACAUCAAGCAAUACGUUGGUUUUCCCGAUGUGACCGGCCUGGCGCAGAUAUACACGCUGAUGUUACGGGAACUGAUUGACGUUGGCCUUGUCGUCGAUGGUGACAAUGAAUUUUUGUUGCUCAAGAAAUCGGUGGACGGCGAGUUGUAUCAACAAUUUAGAGUGUUGCUGGAAAUGAGUAAAGGGUUGAGCGGUCGCACAUUGAAAAAAAUUCCGUUCUUGGCUUAUGCUAGUCUGGUCCAACUGGUCGACAGGCCAGGACUAAGGGGCUGUCUGAAAGCCAUGCAAAAUGCUGUUGGAAAACAUAUGUCCGAUACAAAAGGUGUGAACGGUCAGUGUAAGUUGAAUGUUGAAUAAAAUGGAUUUCAAUUCA